AGGACAACAUUACAGCCAUAAUGAUGACAUUCAUGCAUAACGAGUUAACAACUUUCUUUCCUCACAUUUCCGGGAAUCCAAGUCUUUGACAAUUUUCUGCCUGCAAUUUUCUUUCUUCUAGCUUUUUACUGUUUCUUUGGUUAUUCAAUAUGGGAGCUUUACUUGAGAAUUUGUUGUAUACAAGUCUUUCUUGAUGAUUUUCUUGAAUUUGAUUUCAAACUAUUGGCUUUUUUUUCUUUUUUCCCUGAUCCAAAAUUGUUGCUUUAUAUGUGCUGAUCAUUCAAUGUUCAGGAAGAACUUUACAGUUAUUCAAAUGGCAUUUUAAUUGAUAGUGUUUUGUUGUUUCUUGCAAAUUCAGGUAUUAAUAAAAAUGGGUAGAAAAUGUAUCUUCUUGAUGGGGCUUCUGCUUCUGUGUUGCUCAGCAGAAGCAGAAUAUAUGAAAUAUAAAGACCCCACGCAACUCAUAGGUGUUCGAAUCAAGGACUUAAUGAAAAGAAUGACUAUGGAAGAAAAAAUAGGCCAAAUGACACAGAUUGAACGUAAUGUUUCAUCGGCUGAAGUGAUGAAGAAAUACUUUAUAGGGAGCCUGCUGAGUGGAGGAGGAAGUGUUCCAGCUCCAAAAGCUUCAGCAAAGGCUUGGGUUAAGAUGGUGAAUGGUUUUCAAAAGGCUGCUUUAUCUACUAGACUGGGGAUUCCAAUGAUUUAUGGCAUUGAUGCUGUUCAUGGCCACAACAAUGUUUACAAAGCAACAAUCUUUCCUCACAAUAUUGGCCUUGGAGCUACAAGGGACCCUGAACUUGUGACAAGGAUUGGAGUUGCGACUGCAUUAGAAGUUAGAGCUACAGGAAUUCAAUAUGCUUUUGCACCUUGUAUUGCGGUUUGCAGGGAUCCGAGGUGGGGUCGCUGCUAUGAAAGUUACAGUGAAGAUCCUAAUAUUGUUCGUGCAAUGACUGAGAUUAUACUGGGACUACAAGGAGAUGUUCCUGUCGGUCCUCGAAGGGGUUUCCCAUUUGUUGCUGGAAAAACAAAGGUUGCAGCUUGUGCUAAGCAUUUUGUGGGUGAUGGUGGGACAAUCAAUGGCAUAGAUGAGAACAACACUGUGAUAGAUAGACAUGGUUUGUUCAGCAUACACAUGCCAGCAUUCUCUGACUCCAUUGCCAAGGGUGUGUCUACUGUCAUGGUCUCAUACUCUAGCUGGAAUGGAGUUAAGAUGCAUGCUAACCGUGAUCUUAUCACUGGAUAUUUGAAGAAUACUCUUUGCUUCAGGGGUUUUGUCAUCUCCGAUUGGGAGGGUAUUGACAGGAUCACUAGUCCUCCGCAUGUUAACUACACAUACUCCAUUGAAAUGGCAAUCAAUGCUGGCAUUGAUAUGGUCAUGGCCACAGAUAAAUAUACAGAAUUCAUUGAUGGUCUAACCUCUCUGGUAAAGAAAAAUGUCAUCCUCAUGAGCCGCAUUGACGAUGCAGUGAAGAGAAUUCUUAGAGUCAAGUUUGUGAUGGGUCUGUUUGAGAAUCCACUCACUGAUUACAGUCUGCUUGAUCAGCUAGGAAGUCAGGAGCACAGAGAAUUAGCUCGGGAAGCUGUACGGAAAUCACUUGUGCUGCUAAAGAAUGGUGCAUCUGCUGAUCAGCCAUUGCUACCUCUCCCUAAGAAGGCAUCAAAAAUACUAGUUGCUGGCACCCACGCUGACAAUCUUGGCUAUCAAUGUGGUGGAUGGACUAUUGAAUGGCAAGGGCUUAGUGGCAACAGCAUCACAAGUGGAACUACUAUCCUCACAGCCAUAGAGAAUACAGUUGAUCGACAAACGGAAGUCGUCUUUGAGGAGAAUCCAAAAGCCAACUUUGUGAAGUCCAACAAUUUCUCUUACGCCAUUGUUGUAGUUGGUGAAUAUCCGUAUGCAGAGAUGAAGGGUGACAACCAGAACUUGACAAUCCCUGAUCCUGGUCUGAGCACCAUCACAAAUGUUUGUGGAGCUGUAAAAUGUGUUGUUGUUGUAAUCUCUGGCCGUCCGGUUGUGUUGGAACCAUAUGUUUCGUCAAUGGAUGCUCUUGUUGCGGCCUGGCUGCCAGGAUCAGAGGGUCUCGGGGUUACUGAUGUUCUAUUUGGUGACUAUGGUUUCACCGGCAAACUUCCCCGAACAUGGUUCAAGACUGUUGAUCAGCUGCCUAUGAAUGUUGGUGAUGAACACUAUGACCCCCUCUUCCCAUUUGGAUUUGGCCUCACUACAGAACCUACCAUGGCUAGCUAGACUAUUUACCGAUUGAGAAUUAUCUAGUUUAGAGCCAGUUUUUACAAUUUUCAUAUUUUUAAGAAACCUAGUUAUUAUGGAACAAGUCUUUGUGCAUUUUAACUACAAAUCAUUAGAAUAAAAUAAACGUCAUAAUGUUUUUUUUGGUAA